CGGCCGGCAGCACGAGGCACAAAGUCUGAGGGCUGAGACGCGGCGGACGUUUCGAGGGCCGCCGACCCGCAGCCUGAGCGCUCCGCACCGCCUCCCGAGGAAGCCUGAGCCCGCUGUGCAGGAAAUGCGGCGCCGGCGAAUAGAAGUUAAUGUGGAACUGAGGAAAGCUAAGAAAGAUGACCAGAUGCUGAAAAGGAGAAACGUCAGCUCAUUUCCGGAUGAUGCUACUUCUCCACUGCAGGAAAAUCGCAACAAUCAGGGCACUGUGAAUUGGUCUGUUGAGGACAUUGUUAAAGGCAUAAACAGUAACAAUUUGGAAAGCCAGCUCCAAGCUACUCAAGCUGCUCGGAAACUGCUUUCUAGGGAGAAACAGCCUCCCAUAGACAAUAUCAUCCGAGCUGGUUUGAUCCCCAAAUUUGUGUCCUUCUUGGGCAAAACUGAUUGCAGUCCCAUUCAGUUUGAAUCUGCUUGGGCACUCACUAACAUUGCUUCUGGAACAUCUGAGCAGACCAAAGCUGUGGUGGAUGGAGGUGCUAUCCCAGCGUUUAUUUCUCUCUUGGCAUCUCCCCAUGCUCACAUCAGCGAGCAAGCUGUAUGGGCUCUUGGAAACAUUGCAGGUGAUGGUUCAGUUUUCCGAGACUUAGUUAUCAAAUAUGGUGCAGUUGACCCACUGUUGGCACUUCUUGCAAUUCCUGACCUCUCUUCCUUGGCAUGUGGUUACUUACGUAAUCUUACCUGGACCCUUUCAAACCUUUGUCGAAACAAGAAUCCCGCACCCCCCUUAGAUGCUGUUGAGCAGAUUCUUCCUACUUUAGUUCGUCUCCUGCAUCACAGUGAUCCAGAAGUGUUAGCAGAUUCCUGCUGGGCUAUUUCCUACCUGACUGAUGGUCCAAAUGAACGCAUUGAGAUGGUUGUGAAAACAGGAGUUGUGCCCCAACUUGUGAAGCUUCUAGGAGCUACUGAAUUGCCAAUUGUGACUCCCGCACUAAGAGCCAUAGGGAAUAUUGUCACUGGAACAGAUGAACAGACUCAGAUUGUGAUAGACGCAGGAGCACUUGCAGUGUUUCCCAGCCUGCUAACAAACCCCAAAACUAAUAUUCAGAAGGAGGCCACAUGGACAAUGUCAAACAUCACAGCUGGACGCCAGGACCAGAUACAGCAAGUUGUGAAUCAUGGCCUUGUCCCAUUUCUUGUUGGUGUCCUCUCUAAGGCCGACUUUAAGACACAGAAGGAAGCUGUAUGGGCUGUAACCAACUAUACCAGUGGUGGGACUGUUGAACAGAUUGUGUAUCUUGUUCAUUGUGGCAUAAUAGAACCUUUGACGAACCUCUUGAGUGCAAAAGACACCAAAAUUGUUCUGGUUAUUCUUGAUGCCAUUGCAAAUAUCUUCCAGGCUGCUGAGAAGCUGGGUGAGACAGAAAAACUCAGUAUAAUGAUUGAAGAGUGUGGAGGCUUGGACAAAAUUGAAGCACUACAGAGCCAUGAAAAUGAGUCUGUAUACAAGGCUUCGUUAAGUUUAAUUGAGAAGUACUUCUCAGUGGAGGACGAGGAAGAUCAAAAUGUGGUGCCAGAAACUACCUCUGAAGGCUUUGCCUUCCAAGUUCAGGAUGGAGCUCCCGGCACCUUUAACUUCUAAUGUACAGAGGCACAAUGUUGUUUCCAUGUGCCGUGUUCUUCAUAAAUUUGUCUUACUGUUUUUCUCUUCUAAGAACUCUUUUUAAAUGUGGUUUGUUAUUGUAGCACUUUUUACAAAGAAACUAUACUUGAACAGUUGUAAACUGUACAUACUAUAUGAAGCUGUCCUCUGAGUUUCUUAUUUCUAUGUGGAAUUUCGUACCCUGCAGUGUCCUGUAAAUAAAGAUUAAGUUCCACUCUUCUUUA